UAUUUAAUUUCUAAUUCCGGUUUUUGUAUAAUAAUGUGCAUAUUUCAUGUACCUCUAAUCGAUAGACAGUCACAAAAUUUUUUUGAUCUUAAGUGCACGUUGACGUAUAUAUAAUAAUAAUGGUUUAAAUCUAUAAAAUAACCCCUCAUUGUUGUAAAUUAUAAAAAUGGAAAAAUUGAUACCAUUAAUAAGCAGGUUGCAUAGCGUUUUAUCCUGGACUGGAGAGAACAGCAUUGACCUGCCUGCUAUUGCAGUAAUUGGAGCCCAAUCAGUGGGAAAAUCAUCUGUUCUGGAGGCCAUAGUUGGAUUCCCCUUUUUACCCAAAGGUUACGGUAUAGUUACCCAGAGACCUUUGAUCCUUCGGUUAUGUCAUGAUAAUGGAUCUAAGGAUUAUGGAGAGUUUGCUCACAAGAGAGGAACAAUUUAUGACGACUUUCAGAAGAUAAAAGAGGAGAUAAAACUCGAAACUGAGCGAAUCACGGGGUCGACCAAAAAUGUGUCACCUGUUCCAAUCUUUCUGAAGAUCACAUCACCGAAGGUUAUUGAUUUAACAUUAAUUGACCUGCCUGGAAUAACAAAGGUGCCAGUAGGAGACCAAACAAAUGACAUAGAAAUGCAAAUUCGCCAGAUGAUUCUUGAAUACAUCACGAAGCCAACUUGCAUUAUCUUAGCCCUGUCUGCAGCUAACACUGAUAUUGCAACUUCAGACAGUUUAAAGAUGGCCAGAGAGGUAGACCCCUCUGGUUUAAGAACCAUCGGAGUGAUAACGAAAUGCGACAUGCUUGACAAGGGCGUGGAUGCCAUUGAGUUACUCCAGGGGAAAAUUUACAAGCUUAGAAAAGGUUAUGUGGGAGUGGUUUGUAGAGACAAGGAUGGCAAACAAGACGCACCUCACGACCACAAUGAUGAAGAAAAAUUCUUCAAAAAUCACCCAUCGUAUUCUUCUAUCGCUAAAAAAUGUGGAAUUCGGUACCUGACGAAUCUGUUAAAUGAAAUGCUCACUUCGCACAUCAAAGACAUGCUACCGUACGUCAAGUCAAAAAUUUUGACUAUAUUACACGAAUACGAAACAGAAUUAACAGUAUAUGGAGUAACUGACAUCACUAGCACCCCUGGAGCCUGCUUGCUUCACUACUUCACUAAAUUCUCACAAAGAUUCAAGGACACAAUUGACGGAAAGAUAGUUCCCAGACAUCACACUUCCCGACUAUAUGGUGGAGCCAGGAUUUACUUCAUAUUUAACGACAGUUAUCUGAGGACUCUGAAUGCAUUCAGUCCUCUAACAGGGCUUUCAGAUAUUGAAAUCAGAACAGCUAUAAGGAACUCAACAGGUCCGUACUCAGCUCUCUUUGUUCCGGAAAUCGCCUUUGAAAACCUCGUCAAGAAACAGAUUAAGUUACUCGAGUCACCUUCCCUUCAAUGCGUAGACCAGGUUUACGAAGAAUUACAAAAUAUUCUCGAGAACUGUGAUGUUCCUGAAAUUAAUCGUUACAUGAACAUGAGGAACAAAAUAUUAACUGUAGUGAAGGACAUGCUUCGAGAGUGUCUGGAGCCCACCAAGGACAUUAUAAAAAAUCUAAUCAAGAUUGAACUGGCCUACAUUAACACCAACCACCCUGACUUUUUGAGAAAUUCUGCACUUGCUGAAAUUUACAACACCACGGGAGUUACCCAGAGAAACGAGUGUCAAACUCCUUACAUCAACUCCAAUAACCAAAUGAUGAAAACAGAUAUGCCCGUGUUUGAUCCCAAGUUCGAGGCGUCUCCGAAGCUUUUCAUUCAGCCACAAAAUGAGUUCCCUGUGCAAAAUUCAACCUUGAAAAACACGGAGGCUUCGCCAAAGACCAUUAUGCACAAUAACAAAGUACUGAGGGAGAAGAACAAGGAAAACGCAAACGCGAUAUGGUUGCCUAACAUCCCCAAAGUUGUUAUGCUAAAUAAUGACCCUUCGGAGAGAGAAGUGGUCGAGACUGAGCUCAUAAAAACACUAAUAAGCAGUUACUUUUCAAUAGUCAGGAAAAACGUGGCCGACUCAGUUCCAAAGUGUAUAAUGCACUUCAUGGUCAACAAGGCGACGGAAUCUUUGCAACAGGAGUUAAUAGCCAAGCUAUACAAGAAGGAACUUUAUGAAGAACUCAUGGCGGAGUCCAAGUACGUCAUCGAGAAGCGUGAGAAGUGUAUACAUGUCGUAAAAUGCCUGAAGGAAGCACUAGGAAGUAUAGAGGAAAUGUCGGAUUAUAAACUAUUUGAGUGAUCAACACCAGGAAUCGCACAUUUAGUUUUAAUA